AUGAGUAAGCCACGCACCGUCACACGGCGGUUAGAUUUACUCCGUUUCCUCAAACAAGCACACGCCUUUCCCUACCAUUAUUCCCAUUCUCACGACCUUCCACAAGUUCUACCUUCUUCGUUAUCUAUAGCUCCGGCCAAAUCUCCGGUAUACGUCCUUGGUAACCCAUCCGCGGACCUAGACUCCAUCAUUUCUGCAAUCAUAUAUUCAUAUUUUGCUACAAGAGCGGUGCCGGCUGGCCCUUCCACCAUUGCCUCAUCACCAGGAAGGCAAGGGAAUGAUAUGGUUCUGCGUCAACAUAUACCUCUAAUCAACUUACCAGAUGUUCAUGCUGGGCAAGAGUUGAAAAGGCUGAGGCCAGAGUUUUUCACGGCCUUGGGGCUAGCAGUCGGAUGGGAUGGAAGCAGAGCUACAGGUGAUGGGUCUUUGGCGAAGAGAGGAACCGACGAGGUGGAGGCACUAGAAGGCAGUGUUUUGACUGUUGCGGAUUUGAAGGAGAGGCUACUACUCUCGGCUCUUGGUAGUCCAGGUGAUGCCUGUCGACGAAGCGAAAACGAGGCAAGUGAUAGAAGAGGUUACAACGAAGCUGCAUCCAGGAGGACCAGCCAUGCUGCAGACGAACAGACAAACCUAGAUGUCAUGAUGGUGGAUUGGAAUACGCUACCAAAACUCCCAUUAAACGGAGGGAAGGGUGGCAUUGAGGGACUUUCAGACGCGCUUCCGGGGCUCGUCAUCUCUGUCGUCGGCUGCAUAGAUCAUCACGACAAUGAAAGUUUCGUGCCAAGAGAACCUGCUUCACAUCCCCAUGAUCCCUACUGUAUCCAAACGGGUGUUGGAAGUUGUAUGUCUCUCGUCGUCCGCGAGUUGCGAGCCCAGGGUCUUUGGGCCGAUAACGUUUCCUUCUCAGAUCCCUGCGCCGCCUUGGACGAAGAGACCCCCGCAGAUGAGACCGCAAUCUACGAAGCACAAGCGGCGAAACUAGCCAUGGCAGCAAUUCUGAUCGACACAGUUAACAUGACGGCGAAAAGCAAAGUGUCCGCCGUUGAUACUGCGGCGGUUGCGUUCCUGGAAGCCAAGAUACAGGCUGGCGUUGACGCACAUUUGCGAAGUAAAUCUCAAUCCUCUGCAGCUGGCGCGAGUUGGGAUAGGCAGUCCUUUUACGAUGCAAUCGCUCUCACGAAGGAGAAUAGCGUUGAGAACUUAACAGUUCUAGAGGUGCUGGGGAGGGAUUAUAAGGAGUGGACCGAGAUUAUUGCCACAAAGACAGAACCGCCAGGCAUAAACCACACUAAGACAGUGAAAUUGGGCAUCUGCUCUAUUGUCAAACCGCUCUCCUGGCUGAUGGAGAAAUGUGACCGGGAAUCCAAAGAUGUUGCCCCCAACGAUACAUUCUUCAAGUAUCUCUCCUCCUUCGCAGCCGAGAAGAACCUCGACCUGCUGGUCGUCAUGACAGCGUUCAGGACGCCAGAGCCGAAAGCUGGUUUUCGUCGUGAAUUGCUGCUCUAUGCUCUGAAUCGCAAGUGCCUCAACGGUGUGGAGCGUUUCCAUGCAGUCGCGGUUGGAGAGUUGGGACUAGAAGAGGGAAUUUGGACCGGGCAUUUUACUUUCCCCGUUUUCGAUGAUAGGGACGGGUCGUAUUUGCGUGUUUGGCGACAGAUUGAUGUGUCGAAGAGUAGGAAGCAGGUUGCACCGUUAUUGAGGGAGACUCUACGUGGUGUUGGAGUCUAAGUCGAGAAAAAGAAGGAAGGGGAGUGUAACAUCUGAAUAGGAGAGCAUACCUGAUCAAACGCCGUAUGUGCUAAAAUGGGUAAAUAUUCGAC